AUGACUUCUAUCUAAUCAUCCAGUAGUAACUAAGGUUAAAGUCUAUAGCAACAGUAGAUAACCAAAGAUAACUACAAACCGUUUCAGUCAGAGAAGGAUUUGAUUCAAAGCAUCCAGAAUUAAGAGUAGGAGAUUCAAACAGCCCUUAGAGUGUUUUCAGAAAUUAUUCCGAAGAACCUUAAGUUCUAUAAGGAAUAUGGGGACAGAUUGAUGUUUAACGGAGAAAGGAUGAGAGUGUAGAUUAACAUCCCCGGACAAGAUAGCAAGGAUCUGUUUACCUUACUCCUUUAACUCUCAUCAUUUUUCGAGACUAUUGGCAGGCUUUUCUCUCAGAACUACAACGAUGUGCAGGUGGAGAUUAAUAGCUAUUUCAAUGAGGUCUAUAAGACUAUGAAUGAUGCCAGAGAUUGUAAUUAUGCCACAGAAUCACUUAAGAUUCUCCCCAAAGCCUAGCUGAGUCACUAGCAAAUCGAGAAGCUCAAAACCGAUUAUGAGAAAUCAAGCAAAGAGGCUUAAGAAGUUGUUUAAAAGAUGAAGAGUGUUAAAUAAGAUCCAGAUUUGAUGUAUAACUUAUCGGUAUAGCAGAUGCAUGAAGAAAGGGCUUAAAGAUCAGUCCAGGAAAUGGAAGAAAAGAAGUUAAAAUACAAGAAUGUAUUACAGGACUUAAACCAGAAGAAUCAUUAGUUCCUAGACGUGCUUGAAAAAUUGACUAAGCAGCACGGACUCUUGGUGGAUUCAGCAGCGCAGAGUGUGAGGAAGAUGUUUGAGACUACUGUGAAUACUGAGCUGAUUCAUUACGACAGUCUUAAUUUGCUUGCACCAGAUAAAGCUAAGAACAUCAAAAAUUUCUAAAUUAGGCAAGAAAUGCGCUAUGAUAUUAAGGCAGCUGAGGAUCAAUCAUACAAGAUCGAUCUUAAAUUCGCACGGUAAAAGAUCUAGGACCUGCCAGAAGGGGCUAUUAAUCAUUAGUAGAUGGCUCCAUGUUGCCAGUAUGUAAGCGACACUGCUGAGUUUUAUGGCAAGGUGACAGAUAAAUGGACUAAAUAUCUAACUGCCUUGCUUUAAUUCAUUACUGAGCAGAGUCAAAUAGAGAAAAACAUGAGUAAGUAAUUUAAGGAGAUAAUGCUUAGCGAUAAAAAGAAGAAGGAGUUGCAACUUGGAGGAUUCUAGAGCGCGGUGUUUGAACUUUUGAGAACUGCUGAGAUCAAAGAGAAAAACCACGUCAAUUAUUAAAGGUACAUUGAAACUCUUGUUGGGAAGUUAGAAUAAAUAGUGAAGAACUAUAAAUCAGAUGAGAAGACUUUCCAGCAGGGCAUUUAAAGAAUCUCCAGAGACCUAAUGAUUACUAAUGAGAAAACUGGCAAGUAGACUUUGUAGUUUGAACGGUAACUAGUUAAGAUUUCUCAGUAACUUUCUCAGAAUUUUUCAAAUAAGAAUGAUGAUCGUCAGAAUACCCAAUUUUAGGCACUUAUGAUUGAAUAUUAGUAAUUGACAGAUGUGCUCAAGGAAACCUACAAUAAUUUCAAAGCCAUGCUCUUGCUCUCAAUAGAUCAGCAGUAUGAGUUGGUUAAGACCUUCAAAGACUCAUAGAUCACUCAUAUUAGGUAGAUCUAUGGAGUGGUAUGUGGCUUGACUAGCUUUGAGGAGACAUUCCUGAAUAAUCAGCAGCAACUAAACAAGGAUUUUCUAUAGUAUGUUAAGAUUAUGGACACUGAUAACAUCUAUGAGCAAUUCAAGUGCCAGAUUAUGAACAAGCAUCAGAUAGAAUUCGUCUAGCAACAGCAAGAAAAGGACAUUGAAUAAAUCAAUAGCUACACAGGCAGUAAGAUAAACGAUGAGUUCAAUGAGGAUUAGAGUGUUCGGUCUUAAGGGCAGCAGCCAAACUCUCAAAAUCAGUAGCUAUCACUUACCUCACAACAACUAAAUAAUAACUUCAGUUCACAGCAGUAGAAUAGAGCCGAGAGCUUUGAUGCUGCUUAGUUGUCAAUUAAUAACCAAAACACUGAUUCAAAGAAUAGCUAUACUAAUAACAAGAGUCAAAAUGCUACACCAUAAAGAAGGAACUCAAAUGCAUCCUCUAAUUCAAGAAACUAAUCCCAAACUAGACAAGGCAGACAAGAUCAAGAUGAUAGGAGCGGGUUCAAAUCUCCCAACUUCUAGUAGUAUAAUGAGAUCGAGGAGGAGAAGUAGCAGAUGGGUGAGAUUGAUGAAGAACUAUAGUCAAUCAGGAUAAAUUAGGAUAAGUUAUUUCAAUCUGAAUUGCUUUAAAAUGAUCAAAUGAGGCAACCCAGACAGUCUAAUAUGAAUCUGAGGCCUUCUGUUGCUAAUAAAGGAAGCAAAUCAUUCCAAGUUCAAAUGACAGGCACUAAGUCAAAUGGAGUUAGUCCAUAUAAAAGGCAACUUGACUAAUACAUGAUUAAGGAAGAGCUAGAGGUGGAUGAAGAUCUCAAGAAGGAAAUUGAAAAACUCAAAAAUGCUUAGAUAUCCCCAAGUCACUAAGAAUUAAUGCAAGCAACUCCCAAUUCUAAGUUCUUGUUUGAGAAAUUCAGUAAACUUGAGUAAGAUGAAAAGUUUUUGGAGUCAUUUGCAUGCGCACUUAAUCAAAAAAUACUUUUACAAGGCAGACUAUAUCUUACAACUAAGAGAAUAUGUUUCCAUUCCUACUUUAAUGAUAAGACUCUGUUUGGUAAAGAAACCAAGAUCUAAAUAUAUUACACAAACGUGCUUAGAAUAAACAAGAAGACAAACGCUAUGGUUUUUGACAAUUCGAUUUCAGUGACCACUAAAGAGGAUAAGGAGAUAUUUUUCACCAGUUUUGUGUACAGAGAUGUAGCUGUUGAUUUAAUUUAGAAAUAAUUGUAGAUAAUAAAUGGGGUUAUUCCUCCUAGUGCCGAAGGCAGUAGAUGCGGUAGCAUGGAAGAUAAAAGUGGGUUGCCCUCUUAAUCUAAUCAAGGUGGGAACGACAGUGGCAGUGAAAGUGACAAUGAGGGAGAUGAUGAGGAGAUUAAAGAAGAUGAUGAGAAUGAUGACCCUAAAAAUAAUGAAGGUGGUGAAGGGGAAAGUAAGCCAGCUGCUGAUACAUUCAUCUUUGACAAUGCUAAGUUAAACAUUGAUACAGCUUUUACCAGCGCGGAGAAUGAGAGACUAAACAGAGUAAAGCAGCUAAUUCCAGACUUUGAUAAGUUUAAUCUUUUGAUGAUAGAUGAGACUAUUGACUGCAGCUUGAAGCAUUUUGCACAGGUAUUUAUAAACUUCGAUAUUAAGUGGCCACAUCUGGAAAACUUAAGCUUGGCUGAAUGGCUUGAAAAGUAUCCACUUACAAAUAUCGACUUAAACUUCAAUGUGAAGUCCCUAAAUAUGCCUGACUAUUUUUCAAGAUCAGAGGUUCCACAACCUCUGCCAAGUGAGUUCUAAAGCUGGCCUUUGUCUUGUUAAUUCAAAUUAGAUCUCACACAUUGCACUGAGAAACCAAAGUUCAUGCAACCGAAGACUAAUAAAUGUAUGAUAACUUGUGAUAAUUACUUGAUAUCUCCCAGAAUGAUUAUCAGAAGAGGUGUGAUAGCAAACGAAGGCUUUCCAUAUGCCGAUAGUUUUACAAUUGAAUAUAAAAUGACUCUUAUAUAAUCAGAUAAUGCAUCAACCUCAGGAGAAUUCUAACCUAAACUAUCAAUUAAGUCUGAGUUCAAGAUAAAUAUCAUAAAACCUAUCAGGUUCAUUCAGGGCACUGUGGUAAAAGAAACUGAAAGCUCUCUUAGAGAGUGUUAUGGUACAGGCCCCUAUAAGGAGAGUCUUAUUUCUAAAGUGAUAGAGCUAAAGAAAUAUUUAAAGGAAAGAUGGGAGUCACUGCCUAAACAACCAUUAGCUAAGCCAAAAAUACAAAAGAAAGAGAAAAAAUCUAGAGGCAAAAGUAAUAAAGAACCAAAUAAUCAAGUGUAAAUAUAAUAGGAUCAAUAAAUAGAUAUCCCAUAAGUAUAGAUUCAACAGUAGCAAUUAGCCAAUCUACCUUAGAUGUAGUAGAUAAAUGGCAGUGAAUUGUAAAAAGAAAUAUAAGAACUCAGAGUUAAUGUGUAGAAGCUAACAAUGGCAAUAUAUGGUUUGCUGGCGUUAAAUCUGCUAACUAUGAUAAUCACAAUGUUCAAGUGA